UUUCAUCAUCUCGUUUCGAGAUCCACCUAUGGGAAGGGCAUCCGUACCUGACCUCUGCAGAAGCAUCUAAUUGCACCAAGUCUGGCUAGACAGACAGAAGCGCGCAGCCAAUGCCAGCCUCCGCUAGACGUGACAGUCGUCUAUUCAGCCAGGUUAGCUGUGUUUUUUUUCUAGGCAUCCUGAGCCGCCCACGCUCGUGCUUUUUUCAACUGCUCCCCCUUUACUUUCCACGGCUGCCCGCCACGGAUAUUAACGAGUUUUUCGCCGACAUGUCGCUCUCUAAAUCUGCCACUGCUCCCGGGACCAGCUCAUCACGGGCCUGCCCGGCCGCGUGCGGGGCUCUCAUCGCAGCUAAGGACUCUCACGAGUUCUGCGUGGUCUGCUUGGGCCUCAAGCAUGCGGAAGAGGCUUUGGAGAACCCGGAGCAUUGCAGCCAUUGCCUUGUGCUGCCGAAAAAGCUCCUGCGGCGUCGACUCAAAGUUGCCGCUACCCAGUGUAUCGAGCUCGGCCUUUCUGACUCGGAUGGGGGACACGGUGACGGCGACGCGCCUCCGGGGGCCUCCCGGGGCGCGACGUCGCUUCAUUGGGCUGACCUGCCUAAUCCUGCGUUCCCCGAAGAGGAUAUCUUCGCGGGCAACCUCCCGUUCGCCGAUGAACCGGCUGGUUCCGGCGAUGAAGACGACGCGGGCCUUCUUGGGGUCUCAGAGGACGAGGAGGCCAUCCCACUCUCUGGUUUUUACCAGGCUAACCCCCCGCGGCCUUACCCCAGUCCAUCCUCCUGGACGUGUGCGAACGAGCGGCCGCUCGCCUUAACAUUCCGUGGCCGGCUCCGCAGAGCGCCACCGACCAGGAGAGGGAUGUGUAUGAUGGGAAAGUGCUGGGUCCCCCGCCCGGCCCGAGGAAACAACUCUUCCCCGUCCUGCCAGCGUGCGCGAAGCACGUGAGGCACUACUGGAGCGACCCGCUGAACCUCAAACACGGUCUCGCGGGUCUGGAGGUGAAAGACAUGGCGGCUCUCGGCUUGGGUGAUCCCCCCGCUGUCGAGCCGUCGAUCGCCAGGCAUCUCAACCCCGUCCAGGGCGGGCUGCUCGCCCCUCCGAAGCCGGUCUUGCCGGGCAAAAUGGACCGUUUUUCUGCCUCUGUUCAUCAGGCCGCUUAUAAAUCCUCGGCCUUGGCUGUCAGGGCUCUCAAUGUUUCGUCCCUGCUUUCCGCUUACCAGGCGGAAAUUUUGGAGGAUUUGGGGCAGCAGCUGGACAAAGGAUCCCCCUCGCCAACCUUGUGGAAGGAGAUCCUUACGGUCAACGACCUCGUCCUCCGCAAUGCUCGGCAGGCUGUCCAAGCUUGCGGGCGCUCCAUGGCGCUUUCUGUAGUGGGGGAGCGUGCUCUCUGGCUGAACCUGUCGGGACUCCCUGACAGUGAGAAGAGGCGCGUUGCGGGCGCUCCGGUCGAGCCUGGCCAGGCUCUCUUCGGUCCCGCCGUGGCUUUGAUGCAGCAACGGUGCGACGACAAAAAGAAAGAGGACGAGGCUUUCAAGUUGUGCCUCCCUAAGAAAGCUGCUCCGCGUCAGUUGCCCACUGCGCGUUUGCCUAACCCCCCCGUCACGGUGCGAAACCCGCAUCAUAGCAGGGAGAAACCGCGCAACAAACCCCCUCCACGGCAGAGUAACCCACCCUCUGCUAAACCCUGGGGAAGAACGUCUCCCGCCGCGGCUGGGAAACCCCCCAACCCAACCCCGACCGACUCUAAACGCAAGCGGCCGGCCUGAUGUCCGACCAUUGGGGGCAGAGAGUCCUCGUUCACGAGCCACAAGCCCAUCGG